AGGCAGAGAAAAGACGUGAAGGUGUGGCAGAGAUCAUGAGGAGGAGUCCUGUCUGUGCCAUUCAAGUGUCACGAGAAGAACCUGGAAGAAAGUUCUCCCGACGACCGUCCUGCUGCUCGGAGCCUUUCUCCUGACUGUCGGAGGAAUCAGACCCGAACCAGGAACUGAUCUGGAGCAGCAGUACUGGCUCAGAUUUUGCUUUCUUUUGGGGACUUCAAACUUGCAUUGCUGGGUCCGGAACCUUCAGUCUGUGGACAUUUCGCCCAUAAAAUCUGGAUUUGCCUCAUAAACCAGCAUGGAUAACGCGUGAAGGCGACUGAACGAGCAGUACCAUCUUUCCCACCUUUUCUGUCACUUCUGGAACAACUACCAUGCGUAGAUUCAGCUCUGAGGGCUCCCUCCUGGAUCUUGACUUCCUUCCGUGGAGGAAGGUGGCAUUUAGGAGCCCAGAUUAUGGAACAAAACGGGAGUCUGGCGUCUACACCCCUCACUCGGAGGGCGAUGAGCUGGAUGGGAUUGUACGUGGUCUGGCUCCCACCAUCCAGGAGCCCAGCAUCAGUCCCAGCAAGGCGGGGAGGAACGAGCUGACCAAGGAACACAGCAUCAGCGCGGAGAACCUGAGCGAUCUGGAGAAACUAGACAAGAACCACCUCAGAGUCGGUGUCAUCAAAGAAGGCUGCAGGGCCUACAGUGACAGCCAGCUGGCACCGGACCCCCAGGGCAGCUCUGAGAACCUGGAGAGAGACGACCUGCCUCCCCCGUCUCCUUCAUCCACCGCCAACCCCUUCUCCUUUAAAUCCCAGCACCGGCACCAGCAUCGAGCCAAACUGUCAGCUGCUAAACUGCACCUCAGGAGUCUGUUUGGGCAGAGUCCUCAUUCCUCAAAUUCCAACCUGUCUAACGCAGAACAGAAAGACAGUGCGACAGAGAGAAGGUCUCGCCUGCUCUUCAUGCGUCAGUGGAGUCAGGUGGGCCACAGCAAGAAGAGGAAGAUCGAUCGAGACGAGCUGGAAAAAUGGGCCGAGUCUUUGAAUGCCCUGCUGGCCAGUCCCACUGGUGUUUCGGUGUUUGGAGCAUUCCUACGCUCUGAGUUCAGCGAGGAGAAUCUGCAGUUCUAUCUGGCCUGUGAGCAGUACAGACACUCGUCCAACAACUUCAGCCUGCAGAGGAGGGCCAAAGACAUCUGCGCUACCUUCAUCCAACCAGGCUCGUCCCGGGAGGUGAACCUGGACAGUAAGACCAGAGAUCUGACCAUCCAGCUGCUGCAGGCUCCCUCUCACACCUCGCUGUCCCACGCACAGAAACGCAUCUACUCACUGCUGGACACAGACUGUUACCCACGGUUCCUGCAGUCCAACAUCUACCUCUCCUUACUCGGAGAGGCUGACUAGAAGUCACGCCGGGACUCUGGAGGAGCAACCGUGUCUCCAGGACUUACAGAACUUCCUAAACAUGGUGGAUCAUGAAGAUCUACUAUAUCUUCAAAAGACAGCGCUGCUUUGUAGAAAGUGUGUGUAAGAACAUGUUGAUGCUUGGUGGCAUGCCAACGGUGUCUGUAGGAAUGUAAGACUCAAUAUCCAGCCUGGUUAUCACUACACAGGAUUGUACGCUGAACUUAGAGAUGUAGUCUGUUAAAGCUACUCACCAAAAUACAAACUAUUUAAAGAAUAAAUAAUCAAAUAACAAUAAAACUAUUUUGUGGUUAAGUGUGGGAGAUGAAUGCAGUAUCUCAAAGCCUGAAGAAGACAACUGCUUCAAAGAGACACCAGUGUUUGGCCUGCAGGAUGGCAGCAGGUUGGUGGUACCUGAGUGUCUCACUGAUGCUCAGUAGAUGGGUACUGAUGACCUUCUGGCUGGUUUUACUCACUGAUGCGGAGCCUUCUUGUCCUGGACCGUGCACAUCCCAUACCAGUCUGUCAUGUUUCCUGUUCGGAUCAAUUCCUCCCGCUCAAUCAACAAUAGUGUUCUGACAGAGUUGAGUUCAGGGGAGAUGGCGUCCUCUGGAUCUACUGCUUUCUUGUUGAGCCGGCUCAACCAAACCUAAAGCAUCAACCACAGACACUGUGCAUCAUGACAGUGGGCAUCAACAGCCUGUAACACAGGUCUUCUUCUUCAGCCCACAUCAAAAGGGGGCAUUUAGCACAUGAUGGGACUCUUGUUCUACACGAUGUGCUCUGUCUACUUUAUUCAAGAGCAAAUGAUGCAGGAGAGGAACGCUGGUAGAAAACUGUUCAUCCUGUGAGUUAGUAUGUUUAAUUUACCCCUUAGUGCAGCCUCCGUUUAGGUGAUCAUUUGUUUGUUUGUAAAGCGCUACAUUAAACGUGUGUAUUAUUAAUUUCUAACCUGACAGCUGCAAAUGAGCGCUCUUAAACUUGUUCGUUAAUUUAAACAUGACACUCAGCCUUUGGGUCUGACACUGGAAAACGUGGAAAUCACUUCAGUUUUCAGUCAAAUCAAACAAACGAGCUCACUUCCUGCCACAUUAGCGCCUGACAACGUGGUGAAACACAUACAAGGCUGUUUUCCCUCCGCUGCUUUACGUGAGCUUAGAAAACAUGCAGCUUGUGUUUAAGUCAUUAAACCGUGUCCCUGUGAGCAGCUGACGUCUCCACGGUCCAGUGAGCUCGGGCUGAGCUGCCGCUGUUGGCUGGAAGGAAAAACAAGUUCAGCAAGAAUGAGCUCUUUGCUGGAAAAGUCAAAGUACUGUGAGUUACUCCCACAGCAGGAUGAGAAACCUGAAUAAAUGUACUGUGACGGGCAAAAUGACUUCCUGUUAGUCUGCCUCAAAACACUGGGUUCAUACAUCAACUGAAGAAACCUCCUGGACUGAACAUGUUCAGUGGGAUUUCCCUGAAUGUUGCUCCUAUACAAAUGGAAACGCCCUCAGAUGUUUGGACAGAAUCUUUUACAGCAACUGAACACUGGAAAUGUGUGACAGAGUUUGAGAACUUUAGAGAAAGAAACAAAAUCCUGAUCAAGCAGAGACGGACGUCAGUGUUUGGCAGCGCAGCCUGAACAACCCGGUUAGCUGGUUCAUGCCCGAGACAAAGAGGGCCAUGUGCUAUGGACCAGGUUAGCUGGUUCAUGCCCGAGACACAGAGGUCCAUGUGCUGUGGACCAGACGGUCAGGCUGCACUGGCUGUGAGUGGUUCUAGACUGAACUCAUUCGCUGAUUUCUACUUACUGUUGGCACGUUUUCAAGGCAAGUUGUUUUUGGUGUGUUUGAUUCAAUGUUUUGUUGAACAGAAAUGUGUUCUAUGAUAUCCUCUGCACAACAGGGAGCUCAGGGUCCACAUCAACUGAUCAUGUUGAGUUUCCACCUCCCGCCCUGGUCUGGUUGUGGAUCACAGCUCCAGCAGAUGAAGGAAAAGUAACUCAGACAUCCUUUAUCUAAGCUAUUUCCUCCAGCUCCUCUGUGAGUGAUCCCAAGGAUUAUGCCAUUAUCAGUAUGAUGACAAUGACAUUAACGAUGAUAUGAUCAUCAAAUGCUCAUUAAAUCUACAAAACAGCUAAUACAUUGAACCUAAGACUAUCUGCUACGUGAGAGCUGUGCCAGACUCAGGUAUCAUACUCCACUAGUCUACCCAGUCCAGUCACACACGGCAGGGCCCAGGCAGUCACUGUUUGGGGUGUUUGGUUUCUUCCCACCGUUGCCAACUACUUCCUCAGAGGGAGUCCAAAGGCUGCUCUGGAUUGUUGGGUUCUCUGUUUAAACUUGUAAAGUCUAUACCUGACUGUGUUAAGCGCUGUGAGAUGACAGAUGCUGUAAACUGCACUAUACAAAUAAAAUGAAAUUGUUCAGCAAACAGG